GCCUCAGUCGUUCACGAAUGCCGCGUGGGCACAGAUGCUCUACGAUAUGCUACGCACCAAUCACACCAUUAAAGACUAAUUUUCCAAUAGAAAUAAAUAAUGCACAGCAGAGGAACGGUCAAAAUAGCUACCACUUAACUAUUUCCGUACGGUAGUCGCCGCCAUUUUGUUUAAGUGACGCGUGUUCGGGUACUAUUUUUGAAUUUUACCGCGAAAAUUCUAAUCUAAUGGCUUCAUUGAUUCGCGCGCGUUGCAUCCAGCCAGUGAUUGUUUAAAGGAGGUUUUAUUUUAAUCAGUGAUUUUUUAAUUGUACUCUAUAAGGAUUGUCACAGUGGAUCCCUUUGUGAAGAGAAAAAUGAAAGUUUUCAAAAAGAAAUUGCGUUUUUCUAUAGCCUCAAGCUACGUUUAGACUUUUGAAAUUGUACUGACUAAAUUGAGUUAGGUGAUUUCACAUAUCGACAGCGACGGAUCUGCACUAUUGGGGGCCACAUUGAAGAUCCACUAAGAUGAAUCACAGGAGCCGAGCUCAAGUCCUUUGGGCUAUUUACACAGUAUUUCUUUUAAAUAUAACAGGAAUCAACACACAGACGGAUACAACAGAAUCAGUUGAAACAACAACUAUCGACCUCAACUACACACAAAGCGAAGGUUUCAGAGAAGCUAGAAAAGAGAAUGGAUCAUUCGUUUUUACGGUAGACGACGAUGGUUUAAACGCAACUAUAUCAGAAGACUUCCCUCAUGACGCACCAGAAAGUGCCUCCAGAGUCCUAGUUGCUAACAAACCAAAUGGCACUAAUGAAUUCAAAAUUGAAGAUCGUAAGGUGCCAGGUCCACCAGUGAAACAUCCAAUCAAAAUGCUGCCAGGUGGCGAUAAUCAACCAAUCAUAAGCAAAAAUGUCAAGGAUUCUAUCAAAGCUCACGUGAGAUAUGAUGAAGUUACAGGGGAGUUAAUGAAUGGAGAUCAUCCUUGUAACAGGGAAUGUAGGGAAGGUGAAGAGCCAAUGAUUUGUUACUACCAUUUCGUUCUGGAGUGGUAUCAGACGAUGAGCAAGGCCUGUUAUGACUGUCCGUACAAUUUGACUGACUGUACACGCCCUGAUUGUAUCCCCGCCGAUGGAAUGAAUCGACCCCUGAACGUGGUUAAUAGAAAAAUGCCAGGCCCUGCCGUCGAGGUAUGCCAACAUGAUCGCGUGAUAGUCGACGUAGAGAACGACCUGAUGACGGAAGGUACCACAGUGCACUGGCAUGGACAGCAUCAGAGAGGUACUCCAUACAUGGACGGUACGCCAUACGUGACGCAAUGCCCUAUAUUGCCUGAGACCACAUUCAGGUAUCAAUUCAACGCCACCCACGCUGGCACUCACUUCUGGCACUCCCACUCUGGUAUGCAGCGAGCUGAUGGUGCAGCUGGAGUCUUCAUCGUCAGGAAACCAAAAUCACAGGAUCCUCAUGGCAGACUAUAUGAUUAUGAUCGAUCUGACCACGUGAUGCUCGUCACAGACUGGAUCCAUGAGCUAGGUAUAGGAAUGUUCACCGAUCACCAUCACUCCAGAGGAGACAACAAGCCUCCGACGCUGCUCAUCAAUGGAGUUGGCCGGUUCAAGGUCUUCAAUGACACUGCUAAACCCAUGUAUAUGAGAGCUGCCAGGUUCAAUGUGGAACAGGGCUACAAGUAUCGUUUUCGCGUGAUCAAUGCCGAGUUCUUGAACUGCCCUAUAGAGUUGUCUGUAGAUGGUCAUAAUAUAACGGUGAUCGCUUCAGAUGGUUACGACUUGCAACCGAUUACAACCACAUCACUGGUGACGUAUGCAGGAGAGCGCUACGACUUCAUAUUGGAGGCUAACAAUGAAAUAGACAAUUACUGGAUCCGGUACCGCGGGCUGAUGGAUUGUGACGAAGUAUUCACAAAGGCCAAGCAAGUUGGAGUCCUGCACUACGAAGGAGCCAUGGACUUGGAGCCCCCUGGUGACCCCACAUGGGAAGAAUUGCAUAACGAAGGAUUGCAAUUGAACGCUCUCAACAAAGGUGAAGAAGAUGAAGAAACUAUCAGUGUUGCCGAAAUGCGGUCUCUGGAAGGAUACGACGACAGCCUCAAAGAAGUAGCUGAUUACCAGUUCUACGUGGCUUAUGACUUCUACGCGAAGAACAACUCGCAUUUCCACAGAUCACCUUAUUAUGGAUAUUACCAAGUUCCAAAGAAAGAAAAUCGUUUGUACACACCACAACUGAACCACAUCAGCAUGAAGCUACCUUCAAGUCCACUCCUCACUGCAAGACCAUCAACUGACAACUUCUGCAAUUCUUCUAGCAUCGACGAAGCCUGCACUGAAGGCUACUGUGAAUGCUCCCACGUCUUAGCCGUAAAACUAAACUCAGUAGUAGAAAUUAUCAUCGUCGAUGAAGGAGUAACUUUUGAUGCCAACCAUCCAUUCCAUCUCCACGGCCAUAGCUUCAGAGUAGUCGGUCUCAGAAGACUCGCAAAAGAUAUCACUGUUGAUGAAAUCAAGGCAUACGAUAAAGCAGGUCUUCUUAAAAGAAAUCUAAAGAACGCUCCAAUUAAGGAUACAGUUACUGUGCCCGAUGGAGGUUACACAGUCAUCAGAUUUAAGGCAGACAAUCCUGGAUACUGGCUGUUUCAUUGUCAUAUUGAGUUCCAUGUAGAAAUUGGUAUGGCUUUAGUUUUCAAAGUAGGUGAACAUAAAGAUAUGGCACCGGUACCAAGAGAUUUUCCCUCAUGUGGUAGCUAUCUUCCAGAUAACAUGUUGGAACAUGCCACUACAGAAGUGCCAAAGACUGGUGGUAUAAUUACAAUAUCACAAUGGUGGCCUACUACAAUUUUUAUAAAUAACACAUCAGCAAGUACCAGUGUGCAAGCUUCUGCACUAGCAAUUGUAUUUAGUAUAUUGUUAUCGACAUACUUGAAAUCAUAGUUUCGAAUUUUAGGAUUGUAAUUAUUAUUGAACCUGAAUUCUUGGAAUUAACAGUCUGCAGUACUGAUGAAUUCAAGAAUUCCUCUAUUGGAAUUUGUACUUACUUAUUAUUUAUUUCUAAUAAAGUGUUAGUUUAUUAAAUAUUUUCUUUGACACGAAAAAUAAAAUAGAUGUUACAAUAAAUGUAAAUUGUAAUUGAAUGUUUUAGAGAAAGAAAAUGGCUUUAAUAAUGUUGUUUUGUUGGAUAAUCAGCUACUGUUACAUUAGCUAUGUUAGGAAUAAUUAGUGGGUUAACAAGAAUUUCUAUGCCGUCAGUUUUGUCUUGCCUCAUUCAGAAUAAUCAAGGUAAUAGGUUAUUAGCGUUUGAUGUAGGGGUUGUAUAAAUAUUAUCUCAUCAUUCUUGAGCUUGAUAAUAUGAACAUUUAUAUUAUCUUUGUAUCAUGGGAUAUCUUUUUCAAAAUGUCGUAUAUAUUUCGUACCUUCAUGCUUUUUAUCAGUUUGUAAAUUAUUAUUUUUAUAAUCACUAUCGUGAGACAUACUAAAUUAACUAAAAAUCACGGUUUACUCACGUAAAUUUUUAGAGAAAAGCUCUACUAGUUUCGAGUCUAUACACUAGUGCGCAUCUAUGCACGCUGUUCAUGAUGAAGAGUCCCUCUGUGACUCGUUACUAGUAGAGCUUUUCUCCAUUAAUAUACGUGAGUAAAUUAUCUGUUUCAGUACCUCUAACAUGAGCUUGAAGCAAUAAUAUUUGUCGAUGGUCGCUAGCGACGACGUAAUUUUUUUGUAUGGCAAAUUUUAGUUCCACAGGUGACCGGUAGAGGCGUUGUAAAAUUUGCUAUCGAUAAAUACUAUUAUUGCUUCAAACUCAUGGUAGAGGUACAGUUGUUAUUUUGCCUCAUAUUUCAUCGCUGUUAGUUUCUUCUGUAUAUUGAAUAGUACUUACUUAUUGAACAUUAUAAUCACCUGCUUCAUUAUUACUUACAAGAGAUUAUUAUUUUAGUCUGUGAUUGGUUUCAAACGAAUCGACCAAAAAAAUGGUAGUAUUGGAACAUUUUGUAAAAAUGUUUUAAAUAAUAUAAAAAUAAAAUUGUUAGACGUCGUUGAUGAUAUGUGAUAUUAUUUAGUUUCAUAAUUUUAAUGUAAGUAAUUAUUAGUUUUUAAGUAUUUUAUAAAGGAAACAUAAGUACACUUACCUUCAAGA